AUGGGGAACUCACUUAACUCUGUGGUUUUCCACCCGCCGAAACCAACGUACAGCGGAGGGGACCCACACCUCCACAUGCUGCCCACCAAGUGCGGGCAUUUGAUAGCGGCGUUUUACAUCAGACAUAGGUAUGUCGUGGCGUGUAACUCAUGUAUGUUGUUCAGGCGCUCCAGGUUCACCAUCCUAUACAGCCACGGAAAUGCGGAGGACAUUGGGCACGUAUUCCACGCAUUAAUGGACCGAGUCGCCAAUUGGGAUGCUGACCUCUUCAUAUAUGACUACUCGGGAUACGGAGUUAGCGAGGGAAAACCGUCAGAGCGCAACCUGUAUAUGGAUGUGGAGGCUGCAUACGACUACCUCACGCAGGCCCUAGGUGUUGAUCCCAACACUGUUGUGGCGUAUGGUAGGAGCAUUGGGAGUGGACCCGCGGUCCACAUCGCUCUCCACAGGCCAGUGCUUGGCCUCAUUCUACAAAGUCCGGUGGCUUCGGUAUAUCGAGUCAGGUUCCACCGCCUACCCUUCUCAAUGCCAGGGGACAUUUUCCGCAACAUAGACAAGGUGCAGAACUUAAAUGUGCCAACGCUCAUACUACACGGCACGGAGGACGAAACCGUUCCGCUGGUCGCAUCGCAACAGAUGGCACUCAAAAUAUCUGAAGUUUACUGCAGAUGGAUCAAAGGUGCAUCUCACAACGAUAUGGACGGGAAAUACGUCAUAUAUGUCGAACAAGCACUACAGGAAUUCUUCGCCCGGAUAAUGCAACAACACCCCGCCAAUGUGAUGCGGAAAGGCGUGUGGAUAUCCCGGGGGAAACAGGGCACCAUACACCACAACGCCGCGCAAGCAAUUACUACGUGA